AUGAUUAAAUAUAGUCAUAGCACGGGCAAAGUGAUAUACGAAGACUUCAAAGGUAGAGUGGACAUGCUGGUCGAUGGAUCCCCGAAAUUUGUCUUACUCAGUCUGCAAAGAGAGGACGAUAAAGCUGAAUUUUGCUUGAAGGUCUUGACAAAGAGUAUAACAAAUACCGAUGGGAAGGUUCAUUGGCCUAAACCCCACAGAUGUGCUAAAAUUAAAUUAUUGGAACGUCCGGGAAUUGUUGGCAUCCCGAAAAACCACACUGUGACAUUUAUUGAGAGAGAAGACGUGAAAAUCAAUUGCAGAACGACUGGCAUACCAAUUCCUAAUGUUACGUGGACAAGAUCAGGCAAUGAAGCUAAAAACUUUCCACCAGCAUCUCCCCUAAUAUUGAAAAAUAUAAGCAGAGAAGAGGACGGCUUAUAUUGGUGCGUAGCAGAAAAUGGACUUGGUAAAGUCACUGCUUCUGUCAGGGUCAUUGUUAAAUUUCCACCGUCAAUAAAGUAUAUUACCCCUAAUACCACUGUAAAUGAGACUGAUGAUGUCACUCUGUUCUGCAACUCAACUGGAAACCCUGCUCCAAAUAUUACGUGGGUACUUCUGGAUGACUUGGAUGCAGGGAUCAGAGGAACUCAAGAGUCUUUGACCUUGUCUCAUGUUAAGAGAAAUCAAUCAGGAACGUAUGGGUGUUUUGCAGACAAUGGUGUGAUGGGACGAAGGAACGACAGUGUGCAUAUUACGAUAAACUAUUCCCCGACUAUCGACAUCAGACCCAUCAGUCAAGCAGUAAAUAAGUCUAAUAACCUGGAGCUUUUCUGUAACGCCACUGGGCAUCCAACACCUCAAAUCACGUGGUACAAGUUAGCGGACCCUUCAGAGCUACUCACAGUUGGCACAGUCCUCAACGUGAUGAAUAUGAACAGGACUGAUUCUGGAGUUUACCAGUGCAGAGCCAGUAAUGGAAUUGGAAUUGAUGCGUUCGCUUCAGCCAAUGUGACAGUCAAUAUUCCACCAUCGUUUGAUUAUAUAUCCAAUGAUACCAUUGUCAACGAAACUGAUGACGUUAUGCUGUUCUGCAAUUCCACCGGACACCCUCAUCCACACAUUACGUGGAGAUUUUUGAGCGAAUCAGAAAAACCUCUUGGAUAUGAAGAAUCUCUUACCUUGUCCAACGUUAACAGAACCCAAACAGGAACGUAUCUGUGUACGGCAUCUAAUAACGUGACGAAUUCAAAGACAGCCAGUAUACAAGUUACAGUAAACUAUUCCCCGAGUAUCAUAAUGAGACCCAUCAGUAAAACAGUCAAUGAGUCUAAUAAUCUGGAGCUUUUCUGCAACGCCACCGGGCAUCCAACACCUCUAAUUACUUGGUACAAGGUAGCGGACCCUUCGGUGCCACCCUCAGUUGGCACAGUCCUGAACGUGACGAAUAUGAGCAGAACUGAUUCUGGAGUUUACCAGUGCAGAGCCAGUAACGGAAUUGGAACUGAUGUGUUCGCUUUAGCCAAUGUGACUGUCAAUUACGCCCCAAAGAUUGACAUGAGACCUUUGAGUCAAACAGUGAAUGAGUCUGAUAACUUGGAGCUUUUCUGUAACGCCACUGGGCGUUCAGCCCCUCAAAUCAUGUGGUACAAGGUAGCGGACACCUUAGUGCCACUCUCAAAUGAUACAGCCCUCAAAGUGAAGAAUAUAAACAGAACUGGUUCCGGAGUUUAUCGGUGCAGGGCUAGUAAUGGAAUUGGAACUGGUGUGUGCGCUUCAGCCACUGUGACAGUCAACUUUCCACCAUCACUUGAUUAUACUUCCGAUGAUACCACUAUCAACGAAACUGAUAACGUCACGCUGUUUUGCAAUGCCACUGGAUAUCCUCAUCCACGCAUAACGUGGACAUUUUUGAGAGGAUCAGAAUCAACAAUUGUUGGACGUGAAGAAUCUCUUCCCUUGUCCAACGUUAGCAGAACCCAAGCAGGAACGUAUCAGUGCACGGCAUUCAAUGACUGGACUAGUUCAGAGGCAGCCAAUAUACAAGUGAUAGUAAACUACGCCCCAAAGAUUGACAUGAGACCUGUCAGUCAAACAGUGAAUGAGUCUGAUAACUUGGAGCUUUUCUGUAACGCCACUGGGCAUCCAGCUCCUCAAAUCACAUGGUACAAGUUAGCGGACCCUUUAGUGCCACUCUCAAAUGAUACAGCCCUGAAAGUGAAGAAUAUAAACAGAACUGACUCCGGAGUUUAUCGGUGCAGGGCUAGUAAUGGAAUUGGAACUGGUGUGUGCGCUUCAGCCAAUGUGACAGUCAACUUUCCACCAUCACUUGAUUAUACUUCCGAUGAUACCACUGUCAACGAAACUGACAACGUCACGCUGUUUUGCAAUGCCACUGGAUAUCCUUAUCCACGCAUAACGUGGACAUUUUUGAGAGGAUCAGAAUCAGCAAUUGUUGGACGUGAAGAAUCUCUUCCCUUGUCCAACGUUAGCAGAACCCAAGCAGGAACGUAUCAGUGUACGGCAUCCAAUGACUGGACUAGUUCAAAGGCAGCCAACGUACAAGUGACAGUAAACUACGCCCCAAGUAUUAGCAUAGGACCUAUCAGUCAAACAGUGAAUGAGUCUGAUAACUUGGAGCUUUUCUGUAAUGCCACUGGGCAUCCAACUCCUAAAAUCACGUGGUAUAGGAUAGCGGACCCUUCAGUGCAACUCCCAAAUGGUAGAGCCCUCAAAGUGAAGAAUAUAAACAGAACUGAUUCCGGAGUUUAUCGGUGCGGGGCUAGUAAUGGAAUUGGAACUGAUGUGUGCGCUUCAGCCAAUGUGACAGUCAACUUUCCACCAUCACUUGAUUAUACUUCCGAUGAUACCACUGUCAACGAAACUGAUAACGUCACGCUGUUUUGCAAUGCCACUGGAUAUCCUCAUCCACGCAUAACGUGGACAUUUUUGAGAGGAUCAGAAUCAACAAUUGUUGGACGUGAAGAAUCUCUUCCCUUGUCCAACGUUAGCAGAACCCAAGCAGGAACGUAUCAGUGUACGGCAUUCAAUGAUUUGACUAGUUCAGAGGCAACCAAUGUACAAGUGACAGUAAACUAUAGACCAUUUGCGACCCGCCUGACAUCGAAUGCUACGAGAAACACAGCAAUCAGUGGCCUACCGGUAACCUUUCUCUGUAAUUCAGACAGUGUACCGCCUCCAGCGCUCGAGUUACGUUUCAAGAACAAAUCAUUAGGCCUUUUUAGUGGUAGAAUGUUCACCAUUGAACACGUCAAUGCUUCAGACGAAGGAAUGUACCAGUGUGUGCCGAAUAACAUUUUGGGAACCGGGAAAAUAGCGACUCUGUACCUAACUGUAGCAGUUCCACCAUCAUUUGAGUAUAUAUCCAAUGACACCACAGUGAAGGAAAAUGAUAACAUUGUGUUGUUCUGCAAUUCCACCGGACACCCUCCUCCACGCAUAACGUGGACGAUUUUAAGCGGAUCAAAAGCAAGAAUUGUUGGACAUGAAGAAUAUCUUAACUUGUUGAAUGUCAGCAGAACUCAAGCAGGAACGUAUCAGUGUACAGCAUCCAAUAACGUGACAAGUUCUAAGACAACUAAAGUACAAGUCACGAUAAACUAUAAACCGGAGAUCAAAGACACGGUCCAAACGACAAUUUACACGUGGAUUAACCGAGAAACCAAAUUGACGUGUGCGGUGGAUGGUGUUCCUCGGCCAAAUAUCACCUUCACUCGAGCUGGAAGUGUACUGCAUUCUACGCCGUCUGAAGAUGGCGCCAGUCAACUUAUAAUUAAACCCGAGGGUGCCGCUGACUUUGGUGACUACACAUGCACAGCAAAAAAUUAUCUUGGUUCUGUACAAAAGAUCAUUAAAAUAAAGCAACUAGUUGCACCUGCAGCACCAGAGGGACUGGAGAUUGAAACAGGACUUCACAACAUGGAAGUUCGUUGGCAGACGUUAGAAUCCACUCCUGAUAGCCCUGUUGAAGAUUAUCUGGUAAUUGUGGAGAUGAGAGGUGAAUCCGAAAGUCGGAAAACCUGCAUUCGAGUCCAUACGGGUAAGCGGCAUCUUACGUGUGCUGUAAACGAUCUUGAGAGUGGGACGGUGUAUAGCGUGAAGGUUGCAGCCCGUAACAAGGUGGGCUACAGCGAGUUCGCAGAAAAGGAAGUCCAGACAGAGACAGAAGCCAAACCUAUAACCAACACAGUAAAGAAAGAAUUCCAGGAGCAACAUCAACAGGAACACUUGUCAAAUACAGUCAUUGAUGGCAUUAUUGCAGGAGUUCUUAUUUUCUGCAGUCUGGUAGUGGUAAUUUUUGCGAUUCUCAAACACAGGCGACCCUGUCAUCCAGUAUGCAAGAAGGAAAGACAGGAUUUAAGCUCUGAGGAGUGCAACGAGGGGCAUGAUAAUCCAGGAUGCAGUUCCGAAAAUCCGGUAGCAGAUGAGAUGGAGGAACGAGUGUGAAGUUCAUAGCCUGCAUCAGCCCUCUCAUUGAAGGGUGCACCAUCGUCUCGAUAAAUAAGGAAACAGUUAUUAUUUGCCGCCUGGGAAGGGGAGGGGUUGGAGAUUUUGAUUGUGUCCCGAUAAAAUUGACCUGAUCCCCGCCUCCCCGAAGGCUCUGUCACUUAUGAUUACCCUCCCCCUCAUUGGCAGUUGAUUGGCAGUAAAUGUUCUACAGUCCUCCUUAAACUCUGUUGGCGACCCUUCCCCUUCAAAACUUUGUGACCCCCCCCCCAAAAAAAAACCUUCCACCCAGCCCUCCCUCAGGUGAUAAAUAAUGACUUGUCCUUAAAGAAAGAUUGUAAAAAAUGCGUAUAGCUGCCCCCCCCCCCAUGCGUUUAACACGAUGUUUGUACAUUACUUGUAGUUCCUUCCUGUAAGAACCGAACGUUAACUACAUAUUUCUGUAUAGUUAUUUAAUAGCUGGCAUUGCCAUAGAGAUUAGGAUACCGUCAUCAUUUGAGGUGUCAAGACUAACGAAGUUACAGCUUGUGUAUAUCAGUUAACACUAGAUACCUGGUUUGUUGCCAGAAAGGAACAAAAAAAAAAGAAACGCUGAAACGUCUUCCUUUUUUUGCAUUAUGUUCUGACGUAUGAAGCUAUGCUGAGAAACAUGUUUUUUAAAAAUAAGUGGAUAAAUACACAACUGGAACUCUAAAAGUUUUACAGGAGUUAGAGUAGAAGAUAAAUAUUGAAGUGUGCCUGAUUUCUGGUGUGUGCAUUCUAGGUUUCACCGUGUUACAUGCUUAAAAGUGCAUCAUCUUGUUGGUUUACUCGUUUAAUUAACCUUUGUCGAGUUUUCUUGUAAUCUUGCUUGCAGUGCAAAUUACUUGGAUAACAUCUAUAAAACUGCUUUCUUUAUGCUUAUUUUGUAUUGCUUAGAGGUGUUGAUUAUGAAGGAUUCUUUCAUCGAAUUUCUAUCUCUCUCCACCGCUUAUGAUUCGAUUCUCUGUCAAAUUAUCCCUUGACCAUUCAUAUGUUGUUCAGUAAAAGCGUGUUCGGUCCUCCAAUCUGUACCUCAAAAUAAGUAUGACAUUUACAGCAUGCAUUCUUCCCGGGAGCUGAC